AUGGCUGAAGAAGAGACCCAUUCCCUAGCUAAAGAAGAGCAUAAGAGCAUCAACUAUUUCAAUACAAAGAAAGAACGUGAAGUUCUUACACCCUUUGACAGAGUUCAACAUGUGAAGGAAGGCUAUAUAGCAAAGCUACACCGAGAUGAUCGUGAGCAUAAACUGGAUUUAGAUAUUAAUGGGGAGGAAAGAGAAAGAAGAGUUCCAAUCCUAUCAUCUUCGGAAUAUGGCCGCCGAAUUCCAAUCGAGCAGCCAUCACGAACUCAUGCACGCCUAUUAAGUAAGCAUAUUUAUGAAGAAUGA